AUGGCGGCCCCACCGUCACGCAAAAAGUCGUCGUCGUCGUCGUCGGGGCGGCGAGAUCGCAUCAGCGGCCUCCCCGACGACGUGCUGGGCCACGUCCUCUCCUACCUCCCCAACAAGGAAGCCGGCCGCGCGGCCGCGCUUGGCCACCGGUGGCGCGACAUCUUCUGCAGCGUGCACACCAUCUCCUUCGAGGAGGAAGAGGGCGAACGGGAAGAGGACUGGUACACCUACUUCCUCGAGGCCGAGGAGCAGAGGAGCUGUAGCGUUCAGCUGAUCGACACUAUCAGCGCUGCCCUCCUCCGUCGCCGCCGCCGGUACGGCAGCGCGGCCACCAGCCUCCCCGUGCCGCUGCGUAGCCUCCGCUUCGCCUUCGACCGCUACGACAAUUGGGACAAGGCCGCGGUCGACCAGUGGCUCUUCGACGUGCUGCGGCACGCCGAGAAGGAGCUCCACCUCGACCUGCGCUUCUUCAUUGGCCCGAUCUGCCCACGCGAGGACGACGAUGAAAAGGGGAGCGAUAAUGAGGACUGGGGGUAUGUCCUUCCGAGAAGGCUCUACUCCUGCACCGUCGUACGAACUCUAUGCAUUGGCCAUUGCAAACUGAACCUACCGGAGGCCAUCAACCUGCCGUUCCUCGAAACUCUGCGUCUGACAGGCAUCCUCGGCGAUGACUCCGGGGAAACCAUCCAAAAAUUCAUCUCGGGCUGUCCCCGCAUCGCCGACCUGACGCUGGAAACCAACAGAAGUCUCAAAAAGGUCUUUGUUCUCGACAAAUGCCUCCGAAGGUUCGCUCUCCGCUGCUGCCACGACUUGAUGAAAGUAAGCAUCGACGCGUCGGAGCUGAGGUCCAUGGACUAUAGCGGCGCCGUGCCAGAGGAGUCCUUGCUAUCUCUGCACGGCUCACCGGCAAUAUCCUCCUGCACCGUCAAAUUUUGCAAGGUGACACCCACGAAGUCGGAGUUCACCCGGUUCAGAAGGUUCCUCAAAAAGGUGUCGCCCUCAAAGCAUCUGCCUCUGCACCAUAGAGGCUUGGACACUCGAUUCUUCGCGGUGUUCCCCUCGUUUCCUACCCUGACGCGGCUCGAGCUACAUGGCCCCAUCCGGAACAGCGACGCGGUCGAUGCGGUCCGGAGGAUACUGGAGCAGACGCCCAACCUCGAGGUCCUGUCGCUCGACAUGGAUGACCGGGAGCGAAGAGAAAAGGAGGAAGAGGAGGAGGAGGAGGCCAUGUACCCGGAGCGGUUCAACAGAAGAGGCGUAGAUGAUGAUCAGGAGCAGUACCAUAAGUCCUCGGAUGAUCCUGUGGAGCUAAAAGUUCCCAACCGGUUGAGUUUUUCCAUUCGGUGCUUGCGGCGUCGUGUGAAGGACAUAAACAUGGAUAGCUACCGGUGUGACGUGCAGCAUAGGGUGCUGGCCAGCCUGCUGUUCCGCAACGCGCUUGUGCUUGAAAGGAUGUGUGUCGGGUUCGUGAAGAAGGGGUCGUCCAAGUUGCAGGCUGAGCUGACGAAGGAGAUCGAGAGCUGGCUAGUGGGCAAACCAGAAAAGAGUUUCAAGUGAUUUAUCCGCAGAUGUCAUGUUUAUUUUCUGCUUGUUCUGUUUUUUUUUCCUUUUUUUUGUUGAGGGUCUCAUGUUAUCUUUGCGCGAGACAUCUCUUGGAUUCUUUUGACAAACAGACAUCAUCUCUUGGAUUUAGUAGAAGAGCGAGAGAGAAACUCCUGCUCAUGGUUUGGAU